AUGAAGCUCCUUCUACUUCUCUUGGCUGUCUUGCCAGUCGCCCUCUCUGCACCUGCUGCACAACCUGUCCGAAGAGCAACAGCACCCACAGUCGCUAUUCCUUCUCCAUCUGCCACCAUUAUCGGCUCCGUAGGCACAACUGUAGAGUCCUUCAUGGGAAUCCCAUUUGCCCAACCUCCCGUGUCCUCUCUCCGCCUCAAGCCCCCUCAGUCUUUGACCACAGCUUUGGGUACGGUCUACGCAACAGGUGUGCCGGCAGCAUGUCCGCAAAUGUUCUUCGAUGAUGCUUCAACAAGUGUUCCAACCGCUUUAUUGGGGACGAUCUUGGAUCUACCGCUUUUUCAGACAAUCACCGAUGCGAGUGAGGAUUGCUUGACGGUCAAUGUCCAAAGACCAAUUGAAACAACUGCGGAAUCUAAUCUCCCUGUCUUGUUUUGGAUUUUCGGAGGUGGAUUUGAGUUGGGAUCUACACUUAUGUACGAUGGCGCGAAUUUCGUCCAAGAUUCCAUAACAGACGGUCAACCCAUCGUUUUUGUAGCUGUCAACUACCGUGUUGGCGGUUUUGGAUUCAUGCCUGGUGCCGAAAUCUUGGCUGAUGGUUCCUCGAAUCUUGGUCUCCUCGACCAGAGAUUAGGGUUACAAUGGGUUCAAGAUAACAUCGCUUCUUUCGGAGGAGACCCCACUAAAGUCACCAUCUGGGGAGAAUCAGCAGGUGCAAUCUCAGUCCUGGAUCAAAUGGCUAUGUACGAUGGAGACAUAACCUACAACGGAGCACCUCUCUUCCGCGGCGCUAUUAUGGAUUCUGGGUCCAUUGUUCCAGCUGAUCCGGUUGAUUGCCCUAAAGGCCAGGUGGUGUUUGAUCAAGUUGUUGCUACGGCUGGGUGUACUUCUGCGACGGAUAAGCUCGAAUGUUUGAGAGCUUUGGAUUAUACUGAUUUCCUUGACGCUACGAACUCAGUUCCGGGUCUACUGAGCUAUAACUCCAUCGCAUUGAGUUACUUGCCAAGACCAGAUGGGACCGUCCUGACCGAAAGUCCGGAUAUUCUAAUCUCGAGUGGCAAAUACGCUGCUGUACCAUUCAUCAUUGGAGAUCAAGAAGACGAAGGCACAAUUUUCGCACUCUUCCAAGAAAACAUCACGGACACUGCCGAACUAGUAACAUACCUCCAAACUUACUUCUUCAACGAUGCCACAACCGCCGAAAUCGAAGCUCUGGUAGCAACGUACCCCGACGACGCAUCAGACGGAUCUCCCUUCAACACAAGCAUCCUCUACGAACUCUACCCAGAAUUCAAACGCCUAGCCGCCAUCCUCGGCGACCUCACCUUCACCCUAACCCGCCGCAUCUUCCUCUCCGUCCAUACCUCCCUUAACCCCUCCGUCCCAGCAUGGUCCUACCUCUCUUCGUACGACUACGGCACUCCCUACCUCGGCACCUUCCACGGCUCCGAUCUCCUCCAAGUCUUCUAUGGUAUACUGCCGAAUUAUGCGUCGGCCGCCGUACAUCGGUAUUAUUUCAACUUUGUGUAUAAUCUAAACCCGAAUGAUGAUACGGGCGCGACGGAGAGCGUGUCGGUGAUGAGCUGGCCGCAGUGGAGUGUGGGAGAGCAGGUCAUGCAGAUUUGGGCUUCGUAUGCGGAUUUGUUGGAUGAUGAUUUUAGGGCGACGAGCUAUGAUUGGUUGGUGGGGAAUGCGGGGAGUUUGAGGAUUUGA